UUCAUUGAUAUACUUAAUCCACAAUGAUGAACAACAAAUCGAGUGAAUUUUAACAUUUUAGUUUUGUAGCUAAAUACUGUAGUCCUAAUUUUUAUGCUUAAAAAUACAAAAAUAAACUAGAAGAUACAUCAUUUAGAACAACGUCAAGCACAUGCCACCUAAGAAAGACGCAAAGGGGUCUUCUAAACAACCCCAGAAAACCCAAAAGAAGAAGGAGGGAGGAUCUGGUGGCAAAGCCAAGAAGAAGAAGUGGUCCAAAGGAAAAGUUCGUGAUAAGUUGAACAAUCAAGUGCUUUUUGACAAAAGUACUUACGACAAAUUGUUGAAAGAAGUUCCACUGUAUAAGCUUAUCACACCCUCCAUUGUUAGUGAAAGGCUAAAAAUUCGUGGAUCUUUAGCUAGGCGAGCUUUAAUUGACCUUCAACAAAAAGGUCUCAUUAAGCAAGUUGUGCAACAUCAUGCACAACUUAUUUACACAAGAACCACCAAGGGUGAUGACCCUGCCACAUAAAUGAUUAUUUAUCUGUAAUAUUAAUUUAAUAAAAAAUUUUUUAAAUGCCAUUAAAA